AUGACAACCCCAGAUUUCCCUCCGCAACCUGCCCGGGAGUCUGCGCAAACUCCAAGCCAAGGAUGCGCUCAAUUGAUCGUGCCUUUGGGCUUUGCAGCGCAGCUCCGAGCCGUACAGGAAGCGCAGCAGGAACAAGCAGAGCGUAUCGCCAAAUUGGAACAAGAGAACGCAGAGCUCAAGGACUUCGCGAAGAGGAUUGUCGACAUCGCCGACCGCGUUCAAGCAUUAGAGGAGCGCGAAGCCUAUCGUGCCGCAAGACGCAGGGAAGCAGUCAGUCUACUCAGUAAUAUGCGAACCCUGCACCAGGAAGCCGACAAUGGAUUCCAGCAACGCACAGUGGAUAUGCAACCGGAUGACCUCGAGGGAAUGUUGGGCGCGUAUGGCAUCAUGUUGACCACUGCAAUGAACAACCACCAGCGCAUGCUUGGCCAGAUGCGUGCGAACGGCCAAUUUCCAGCGUACACAACGCCAGUUCCGCAGACUCGACAAGUGCUUGCACCGGUGCAGCGGCUCCACGGUUAUCCGCCGGCGUACUCAGAGCCUAGAUUGUGCCAUGCGCACAGCUUACCUUACUGCCGAGUGUGCGGUAAGUAG